AUGCAAGGAGGUUUAGCAGCGGGCUUCAGCGCAUGGCUCAAUCGAGAGCUUGUGGGAUACAACCCUGGCAACGCAACAGCCACCAAAGUCUCCUCACUACUUGACCUCAGCACAGCAACGCUGUAUAACUCCAGCAAUGUCCUAACAGUCGUGACAGACUACACCGGUCACGACCAAACGAGCACCGGACCAGCCGGGGUAGAGAAUCCUCGCGGCGUCAUGGGCGCUACGCUUCUCAACGCCAACUCGACAGCGACCUUCACACAGUGGAAGAUCCAAGGCAACGCUGGUGGGAGCAGUAACAUCGAUCCUGUGCGAGGCCCUCUGAAUGAGGAUGGCUUGUGUGGCACGCGACUAGGCUGGCAUCUACCGGGCUUCGAUACUUCUGGUGCAGCUUGGUCAGAUGGCUCGCUGCUGACUGGGUUGAACAAGAGCGGCAUUAACUGGUACGUCUCGACCUUCGACCUGAAUCUGGACGAGAAUCUGGACGUACCGCUUGGCAUUGAAUUGGGUGCGCCCGAAGGAACCGUUGCGAGCGUACAGCUGUACAUGAACGGGUAUCAGUAUGGCAAGUACAUACCACAAAUUGGACCUCAGACCAGGUUCCCAAUCCCACCCGGGGUCAUUAACAACCGCGGCACCAACACUCUCGCCGUAGCGUUAUGGGCACAGACAGAUGCUGGAGCGAAACUGUCGAACGCUGAGUUGUUUGCCUAUGGCCAGUACCAGACCGGCUUCAACUUCAAUCAGGAUUGGAGCGAACUACAGCCUAGGUGGACAGAGGAUAGGCUACAGUAUGCGUAG